AUGACACGGGCGGAAUCAAGGCCCGCGGCCCUAAUUCCAAUGGAAAAUAGCCCUUCUAUAAGACCUCUACUCAAACUCAAUACUACAUGUUCCACGCCGCGGAACUAUACAGCUGAGACUGUCGCGCCAUCUGGAGACGGCCGCAUCUUAACAGCCAUCAAACACGAACAUCGCGAGCUCGAAGCCGACGUUGAUAAAAUCCUAAAUUCUUCAAGCCCUGACGAGCAAACCCGCUACCAAAACCAAUUCACCUGGGAGCUGGCCCGUCAUAUGAUAGGCGAAGAGCUCAUCGUCUACCCUGCUCUGAUCAAAUAUGUUAAGAAUGGACAAGCGAUUGCAGACGAGGGCCGGGCAGAGCAUCAGGACAUCAAAGAGCAAUUGAAGAUGUUUCAAGGGCUACGAUCCACGGAUCCGCGCUUUAUCCCGACACUAAGGGCGUUAAUAGGUGAUCUGGAGAAUCAUAUUCGAAAAGAGGAAGAUCAAGACUUCGCGCGAUUGGAGGCAACGAUUUCCAAAGAGGAUAGUGAGACAUUGACGCGGUGGUUGAAUCAAACAAAGAUGUUUCUUCCGUCUCGCUCGCACCCGUUGGCGCCGACUAAGCCGCCCUUUGAAACGGCUGUGGGGCUUUUGACGGCGCCGGUUGAUAUGGUGGCCGACAUGUUUCGCAAGUGGCCGAGGGAGAGGAAGGGAAAUGUGCCUGUAUCUAGAUAA